GUUAAUUUAAACAGGCACUAGUAAUACUUAAACAUUUUGAAAAUCCAGUAUGUAAAGCUUUAUUAGUAAAUAAAUUACAAAUGAAUAAAUUCAAAGCUGUUUCGUUUGGAAUCCCUGCUGCUAUUGUUAUUAUUUGCGGUAAGCGCAAUUCAUCCGCCAUUUAGUGUUUCUUUUUUCAACGUUUGUCAAGUUGUAGGUUUUUUAAAUUUAAACACAUAUAAUAAAUUAUUGGCUUGUGACUUAAUUAUUUUAAUUUAGUUAUUAUUAAAUAAGGUGUUAUUCGAUCUCAUCAUCAAUCAAUCACAAUAUUGAAAAUAAUAAUUCAAUUAAUGUGAGUUGUUUAAAAGUAAAGGUUGUAAAAGUAAUUGUCACUACUUUACUUAACUUAACUUUUAAUUUUAACUUUUACAUGACACAUAGAUGAUUAAGAUUAAAUAAAUUAAUUAAUAAAUUCAGUUGAGUUAACUAUUAGUAUUAGUAAACACUAAUUAUUUACUAGCUGUACUAAUUCUACUAACUACUUGUCUAGUAAUUUAUGUGUUUAAAGUAUUACUAUUAGUAAUAGUUAUUUCAUGUAAUAUUUUUCUAUGGAAUUGUAGGCAGAUUUCUAUUAUAAAUUUAAAUUAUUUUAUUUUUUUAUCUGAGUCAGUAAGUUACUGAAAGGUAACUCUGCAAAGAGUGUGACAUUUGUAUGGGGGUCUUGGGCUAUUGGAUGAUGAAUGAAAAAUUUGCCAGGGGUCUCAGAAUCAACUGAUCUCAUGGGUAUUUAAGAGCACUAUUGAAAUAUUUAAGUUUUAAUUUUUGGAAAUUUCCCAGAUGGCUUAAAAUAAUAAUGCCAGUCCUUAAGAGAUAUCAAGUCUAGUGUUGCUCUUUUCAAGAUAUUUUCUAUUUGUGUCAUUCUUACUCAGAAAAGGGUUUCAGCCUACUGAAUUCGAUAAGAAAAUGUUAUUUAGUCAUUAUUUUUUCAUCAUUCUGGUCAACAGCUAUGGUAAUGUCCUAUUCUUUGCACAAACUUCAAGUGUAUACACAUUAUGAGAACUAUGUUAAGUUUCCAACAUUUCAUAAUCAUUCGGAAUCAGAAAGCAUAAACUGGAUUGAACUUGGCAACUAUUUUGGUGGUCCACUCUGGAUUCUUGGAUUAGGGGUAAGAUAAUGUAUUCCGACAAAAGUCCACAAUUAUAAAAAAAAAUGGGGUUUGCAUCUUUUUAAUCUCAGAAUGUUAAAUUUAACUUUCCAAUUAUUGUUUGAAAUAAAUGUAACAUGGUCAUCUUUUUAUUAGCUGUUACAAAUAAGAUCAGUAAGUCUUUGAAAUAUCAACAUUAGUAAGAAAAAAUAAUUUGUAAUUCCUUUUUUACUUUGAUCAAUUUCAGUUUAUUGUUUGUGGAGUCUUGGCAUUCAUUACAGCUAUUCUUCAGAAUACAACCUUGGUAAGAUCGCACUAUAUGCUGAGAUGUAAACUGAACAGACACACACAAAUUAAUUCUUUCUUUUCCAAUAGUAAUUGUCUGUGCACCCAUUUUGUAUGUCUUGUUUUUAAAAGGAUAAAUUCAUUAAAAAAAUGUAGCAUGCCAUAAAUGUUAGAACUGAAACAUUUGUAAAGGGGAAAAUAAACUGAUACAUAUAUCAUUUCAAAAAAAAGAAAAGAAAAAGUAAAUUAACAUGAAGUGUCUAUAUUUUUAAGAUUAUAUUGUUUAUAGAAAAAUUCUUUUUGAGAUAAGGAUUUAUUUUACAAGCUUCUCAUACUUGAUGACCUCAAAAGUCACACAUUGACAUUUUUAUGAUUGUUUCCCAGUACAUGGUUUGCGGCAUUAUCUCGGGCCUCAUGGUCACUAUCACAGGAAUUAUCAUAGGCAGCUCUCUUGUGGCCCAUCCUGUUCUCACCAAUGUGUUCAGUUUGUACCCACAAGCUUGUAACGACACCAACACUAACUGUCAGUGCAAGUGAGCUGUUUUAAUAUGUCUUACUUCAAUGUACUUCAAUGUUAUGAGGGGAAAAAAUUAUUUUGAUUUCAUUGACUAUUUUAGUAAUUUUAGCAGUGGUCUUAACCUCAAAUCAUUCAAAAUGCAGUGCAAUGAUAAAAGUUGGCCAGAGUGGUGCACCACGCUUAUAUAAUAAUAUGUAUGAAAAAUCUCUUUGUGAGCUCCAAGCGAAAGCUUGAAGGGCAACAUGUGGCUCACAGCUGAAAGUUUGAGAUCCCCUUACUUAUACUGUUAAAUUUUUUGUUCUUUAGUUAAGAUUUUCUUUUUAAUUUAAAAUAAUUUAUUCACUAGAUUUCAUUUACAUUUAUAAAAUUUCACCAUAUUAUUUUAAAAGUUGUGUUUUUUCCCCCCACUUAAAAAUAAUCAAUUAGGUAAGGAGUGAUACUAACAAAGGCAAAAUCAUGACUAAAUUGUAUACAUUUAGAAGCAGAGUAUCAUUGCAUACCGAUUCUAUGCCAUGAACCCAGACAAAAAUCUAAAAGUUUAGUGCACAAGAAAAAAAUGCAAAAAAAAAAUUAAUUGGUUGGCUCAACAAAGUAUCAUAAGCCUGAACAAAUAAAGUAAAUAUCUAAAAUGCUAUUCAACAAUAUAAUAAAUUAAAUCAAAUAUUCGUUUUUGGGGUUUUAAUCACAAUAAAUGGCAUGGUUACUUAUUGCCAGUUGUGCUUUUUUUAAAAAAAAAAUUUUUUUAAAGGAUAAUUGAUAACAUAUGAGAUGGCUACUAAAAUUCAUCUACAGUUCAUUUAUUUCAGAGAUGUUAAUAACAGGCAAUAUGUGGAAGUGCCAUUUGCAUCAUGUAGCAGUGUGACAAAUGUUCAUCAUUAUUUGGUUGUAGCAGCGGUCGCCACUACCUUCUGCUUAGUCUUUCUUUUGGUUGAAGUGAUACUGAGCUGCUAUUUUGCCCACAAAGGCCAGGUAAGACCUAGCACAUAGUAGUAAUUAUGUCUCCAUUAUACAUCCAGAUAAAAUAACAUUCCUGGAGAUCCGUUGAACUGGGGAUGAGGACCCUGAACACAUAACCCACCUUGCCAUGUUGAUGACCCAGCCCUGACCAUAAGUCACAGUGGACAGAAAGGAGCAAGACCUAUAUGAGAUAUAGUUGCAGAGAUAUCUUCGGCAAUAAAUUUAAUGCUACGGUUUUAUGUUUAGUUGAACUCAAAUAUUUGAUACAAAUUUGAUAACAACACCCCUGUCCCAACAGGUUCCGUCUAGAGGUGUUGUGUUCCCGUCCGAGCGUGAAGACUGGCGGCCAUAUAAUACCAAAGUGGUGAAGUCUCAUCGUGGAAGCUAUGAGGACCCAAUCACCAUUAGUGCUUCUGUCCUUGCCGUCCCGAUUUCCUCCACCAGUUUAACCAACACUCCCGACACACACGAGUCCGUG